CGCGCCCCAGAACUCUGGCGCUGCAGCCUGAGGAGAGCGAGCCACUCAGGCCCCGAAAAAAAGCAAAAAUUAAAGAAAAAAUUGUGAAAAAUUAUUAAAACAACGGAUCCUGGGGCGAAAGUCCGGAAAAGGUCUCGUGGGAUCUCCCGCGAACAAGCAAAAUGAGCAGUGCUAAUAUCUACUGGACCCCACCCAUGUCAGUUGGGACUGGGUGAAAACGAGUGAGAGAGACCGAAAGAGACCGAUUGUUUGCUUGCUGGAUGUUCCAAAGCGGAGAAGGGUUUUCCAAAAGAGAGACUGCAUAACCCCUCAAACCCACCCCUUUAAACUCCACUCCCAGGCAGGAUCCAGAAAGAGCCUGGAAGGUAGGGCAGCCACGGCCGGACAUAAAUGGCAACGGCACCCUAAGGCUGCCAUGGCAGCAGCUGCCACCGAUGCCCCACACCACAUAACCACACUGACGCCGGAGGAUCGACGAGCUGCCCCAAAACUCUUUGGAGGUCCAGCUCAAGUGAGGACGGAGAGUGAGAGAGAGAGGGAGGCCGAGAAGGAGGAAAGUGGCAAGGAGUGUUUGGUGUGUGGCACCCUCUUCAGCUCACAGGAUAAGCUUCAAAUCCAUACAUUCAGUCACACAGGGGAGAAACCGUUCCACUGUUCACAGCCCCACUGCCACAAGGCCUUCAGCUCCAAAUAUAAGCUCUACAGGCAUAUGGCCACACACUCCCCUCAGAAGACCCACCAGUGCACAUUCUGUGAAAAGAUGUUCCACCGUAAAGAUCAUUUGAAAAAUCACCUACAGACCCAUGACCCCAACAAAGAAGCUUUUAAGUGUGAGGAGUGUGGCAAGCACUAUAACACAAAGCUAGGCUACAAGCGCCAUGUGGCUAUGCACUCCGCCACAGCAGGAGACCUGACCUGUAAGGUGUGCUUGCAGAGCUAUGAGAGCACCCCUGCACUCUUGGAUCACCUGAAAAGCCAUUCUGGCAAGUCUUCAGGCGGCACCAAGGAAAAGAAGCACCCGUGCGAUCAUUGCGACCGGCGCUUUUACACUCGCAAGGAUGUUCGCCGACACAUGGUAGUGCACACCGGCCGCAAAGAUUUCCUCUGCCAGUACUGUGCCCAGCGCUUUGGAAGAAAGGACCACCUCACACGGCAUGUGAAGAAGAGCCACUCGCAGGAGCUGCUGAAGAUCAAGACUGAGCCACCGGAUAUGCUGUCUCUGCUUGGUUCUGGCUCUCCAACUUGUGCUGUGAAGGAAGAGCUUAGUCCUAUGAUGUGUAGCAUGGGCCCCAACAAGGACUCCAUGAUGACCAAGCCUUUCCGCAGUGGCACCCCUUUUUCUAUGGGCAUGUACAACCCUCACCACCUCCAGGCCAUGGCUAGCCCAGGAAUGGGGCAUCAUCACUCCUUGGUUCCUGGAUCACUGUCUGCUGCUAUGGGUAUGGGCUGCUCCAUGGAGCCCCCUUCAACCUUGCACCACCAUCAUCCACAUCAUCCACAUCAUCACCACCACCCGCCGCAUCCCUCCCCUCCACCCCCGCCGCACCAACAGACUCCACUGCAAACCCAAACCCAGCAGCAGCAUUCCCAACCUCACAAGUACCAGCUUGGAUCUACCUCAUACUUGCUAGAUAAACCCCUAAAGGUGGAGAUGGAGAGUUACUUGAUGGAUCUGCAGAGUGUCUUGCCAGUUCCACCCCCACCUCCAGCUGAUCCCCAUUCAGCUGCCUCACCUAAUAAAGAUGGACUGGAGCCUCCACCCAGCUUAACAGACGAGUUGUGUGGGGAUCCCCAUCUAUCUAAAAGCCCUGCCAUCAUUGCUGAAUCUCUGUGUGCUGCUAACAUGGACUUCUCCCAUUUACUGGGCUUCUUUCCGCUAAACCUGCCUCCCUAUAGCACUCCUAUGAGUUCUGGAGGCCUGGUAAUGGGCUACUCCACCUCCAAUGCCUCUUCUACUUCCUCAUCGUUGUCAGUAUCAUCACAUGCUGCCGAAUCACAUGCUGCCACAGCAACAGCCUCAGUGCCUCUUACCUCUUUGCAACCUCAACCUCAGGAGCAACCCGGCUCCAGUGGAGGUCUUGGUCUCGGGCCCCUGCACCCACUCCCACAAGUGUUUAGCUCCAGCCUUAGCACAAACACCUUGCCUCGCUUCCAUCAGGCCUUUCAAUGAGGCUUUCACCCCACCCUGGCCUGCCACAGGCCGAGACAACUGAGCAGGCCCAGGGAAGAGGAGCUUUAGGGCUCCCUCUAGGGGUGGAUGAAUGAAACACUUGAACACACAGAAGCCUUAAUUGAAGCGCACAAAUGCUUUUAAAUGAGCCUGGAGAAAAGAAAACAUUUAUUUUCAAAAAGGAAGUAAAACAUAAGAGAAAAAAAAAUAUCAGUGAGCUCUUAUUUAGGGUGUUUCCAUCUAUAUUUUAGUUUAAACCCUUGUCUCACAAAUUCACAAAUUACUAGCAUCAACAGGCCUUUAAGGCAUGGUACCGCAUACUUUACAAAGUAAUAAUAAUGAGUCAAAGAAAAGCAUAGGAUAAUGUAUGGAAAAAAGUUGAAUUUUUUUAAGACUCAGAGUAGUUUGAACUCAUUAAGCUUUUGUUGUUUGCUUUUACAAAUAUGAGACUUAAUUUAUAUUGUCUCCAUUCUAUUAAAGUCAGGUAUCGUUUAAUCACCCCUUAAACUAAAACUGCCUUGGCAGCCAGGAGAGGAAAAUUAAUGGAGGAAUGAAGUUGCAUAAAAAAAAACCUCUUCUUUCACAGCCAAAAAGCAAAUUCAUAAAAAAAUGAUUCAAAACAAAUUCCCCCAUAAAAAAAGUUCCAGUUGUUUAGACUUUUUCCUCCCAGUACAUUACAUACUUGAACAUUUACAAAACAAAUUGCCCCAUAUAAACAUGCACAAUGUUUUAAAGGUAUUUACUGAAAACACAGAGCAGAGCAUGUGCGAUUCAUAAAUGAUAUAAAAAUCAAGAGAUACAAUAAAAGAAGGAAUGCAAUUUUAACAGUCCGGCCUAUAUACACUGUGACCAUAUAGAACAGAAGACAGAUAAAUGGAUAAUGUAAAAUCCGUACAGGUUUAUGUUAGUCAAAGGAAGCACUUUGUUUACAGCAGAAGGCACUUGACCUUUUUUGGAAGUUCCCAUGGUGACCCACUGACCCUCAGUUCCCUACUUCCUGAACCAAUUUACCUUUUUUUCCCUCCUGCGUCGUAGCCAAGCUUAAUACACACAGCCACAUAUUUAAAAGAUUCUCUAGUAUCUAAAGAAGGAGAAAGUGCUUCCUUAUGGUUACACUUUUCCUUUCAGCACUAAUUUUUAACAUCUCUAUGGCAGACGUUUUAUUACCUCCACUUCCUGCCCACCUUAUUUUAAAUAUGUUUGUUAGAACACAAAAGAUUUUAGGCAGGUUAAUAGAGUUAAAUGUUGAAUGGUAAUAAUCACCCUGACAUAUGUGAAUAGAAAAGAAGAUAAAGGGAGGGAAAAAAAUCUACAAGAGUAUUUUUUGCAGUGUACGAAAUACCACGUUAAAAAAAAUUAUAAUAAUUGCUUUUAUUUUAGUAAAACAUAUUUUAGAUAGAUGUAUUAAAAAUUUGCUGAAUUUUUACAAAAAAAAAAAAAAAUUUCAGGUUUACAAUCUUGUGUAACCUUGGUCAAAAAAUCUAUGAAGUAAAUGCUUUUCAUUAUAGUCUUCCCUGUAUUAUUGUUCUAUUCUCUUUUUAUUUGUAUGUGGAUUAAAGGAUGAUAUUUUGACCCACAUGUAAUAGACUAUUAGUAGAAUAAUCAAGUAGAAUGAACUACUCUUUUAAUUUUUAGUGUUGCUUAGAAAGGCCCAUAAUGUGACUCAAGUUUGAUCCGAAUGAUUCUCUUUCAGUAUUGGAACAGACCUGACAAAUGUCUGCGGUGUGUGGCUUGCAUCCUGUGGUCCCUAGUUAUACAAUUUUCUUUUUUUUUUUUCUCAAUUUCUGUCCCAGGAGGCAAGACCAUAAAUCAAACGUACUGCAAAAUGAUGUGCUAAUAAAUUUAGCAAAGAGAAAAAAAAACACAUCAGCAACAUACAAAAUGACGUGCUAAUAAAUUUAGCAAAGAGAAAAAAAACACAUCAGCAACAUACAAAAUGACCACGUCAAAGACAAUUUUAGUGGCAAAUUGAUUCUUAUAAACUGAUGCUGAUGAUGGUGCAGAGUUCUCCAUCAACAUAGUAGAGAAAUCCACCUCAAAUAAAAGUCUGUUACAAAUAGGCAAAAUUUCCCCCUCCCACAACCGUCUCUUACCUUGAACUAAAUGUGAAAUUCAACUUAAGAAUGAAAUUGCUCAAAUGCGAGGCCACCCCGCCCCCUUAGAAAAUGAUUUUUAUUUUUCAUUUUUGAAGUUAUGCUGCUUUUAGCGCUAUGGUUGGCAACAGUCAUAGACCACUUCUGCAGAAAUCCUUCUGUGGACACCUUUAAACUGAAUACAUGAACUCCAUUGUCCAUUUCUGUUCUUCUUUUACAGCUGCUUCUUUCAUUCAAAUGAACUUUUUUUUUUUUUAUCAAAGCGUCUGAAGAAAGACAAAAUACCCAGAAGUCACCAGACUGGUCUUUGACAUUCAAAGCAUGGGACAGUUGAUUGGGAUAUUGCCUAGUCGUUUGUUGUCAUAUUAUAUAUUAUUUUCUGUUUGUUGAAACAGGACCUCAAAACAACACAACACAUCACCUCAUUUAAUUUUAUUAUACAUAUAUUUUUUUUUUCAUACCAAAAACCUGGGGAGAAGAAACUUUAUUUUUUUUGCACAAUUGCUAAUAAAAGAGGAAUAUUAGGAUUUAAUUUUUUUUUUUUGGAAUAUACCAUACAAAGGAUCUGGUAGGUUGUGCAUGUGCAUUAGAAUUUUGUUUAUUUACAAAUGGAUUGUGGGAAAGGAAAAUUUUUAAUAAAAAGUGUAAUUUUCGUUUUAAUUAUUCCACAUCCGGUCAAAUAAUUUUGGUGAAGGGAAGUAAAAAAAAAUCCAUUAGUUGACAGGCACUUUGAAAUGUAAGGGUUUUUUUAAAUAGAAAUGUCCUAAAAGUCACAUUAAUAUGUGUGAAAAGAAAGACAGGUGUAAACUGCACAAGCAGUAUAAGUAAUAGAGCUAAGCAAAGCAAUUUUCUUUCUUUCUUUUUUUUUUUUUAAAUAAAGAAAACUUAUUUUAACAAAACAUGGAAAAAAAUAAAAAAUUAACAAGCUAUUGGCAACUUGUGAGUUUGUCCUCCCCGGGUUUUCUGUGAGCUGAUUUAAAUUCUAGCACUUUUAAAAACUUUGAAAAGAGUAUUUUUUUUUUUUCUUGAAAUUUCAGCCUUAUAUGUUUGUUUGUCUUUUUUUGUUUUUUUGUACUUGACCUUGUACAUGUAUGUGCCAUUAGUUGAAUGUGUAGAAUUUAUUAAUCUGUGUAAUUUUUUUCCCUCCUCUUCCAAAGGAGUAACAGUAUUUUUUGUUGUUGAUAGAAUUUCACUAAUAUUUGCUGCGUUUUGCCCCAGCUCUUCUUGCUUUGUGCAUUUAAGCAUUUGAGAAAACAGUAUAUGUGCUUGUACUUAGCUUACCUUCAAAAACCCUCGCUGUAAAAGUCAGUUUAACACAAUUCAAAAGCUGCAACUUGCUAUUUCUGUAACAGAAAAAGGAAAGAGAUGAAGAACAAAGAAAAGCAAUACAGCUUCCUGCCACGAUUAAAAAAAAAAAAAAAAGUACCAAAAAAAAAACCCCAACAACAAAACACCUAAAUAUUACAGAGCUGACAGGUAUAACUGCGUUACUGCAUCAAGUAAACUCUGUUCAAUACUUUUUUUCGUUUAGGUUACGUUAUAAUAUAUAAUAAGCAGAAGACGGGAAGAAACUCAGAUGGGGGGAAUUUGGGCAAAGAUGGUGAUUAGUUGAGUUCCUGUUAGAAGCGUCCACACAGUGCAGCAUCCGUAUCUGAUUGUAAGUUGUGCUCGAGAUUAAACAGCUUGGAAUGGUGAAAGACAUUUCUUUUAGAAUGUCAUGCCUUAGUGCUCAUUUAAAAAAAAAUAAAAUAAAAGAGCCUUUCGCCCACUGUGAACUUUUAGCCAGCAGCAAAAUGGACUUUGGAAAUACAAAAACAAAACGCUUCAAGGAGCGCCCCUUCUAGGCACCUGUGAUGGUUCAGCAUCUGCUGGUAGAGAGGAACAACAUUUAAAUUCUUUUUUUUUUUUUUUUUUUUUGCUAAAGGGAAUGGUUAUUUGAUUUUUUUUUUUAUUCUCUCUCUAUAAUCAUAUAUCCCAACUACCUUUACGAUUGAUGGAAAAAAAAAAAAAAAAGUUGUGCUUUAUCUCCAUUGCACCUACUGGGGAUGCACUUAUCUUUAUUCUCCCAACACGUGUAGGUGUCUAACCAAGCAAUUAAAAAGACAUUGCAACGUAAAAAUAUCGUUUUUAAUGAUCUAAGGAGAAAAAAAACUUUGACUUAAUCUGACUUGAGUAAAGAAAUGCUUUGCUUUCUUGAAAGGAAAAUGUGACAUCAAAUUGUAGUUUCAUUUAUUUUUAGCUUAAUGUAAGUCUUGCAUUCCAAGCUCUUUAUGUAUCUUGUUUAGCAACAUAGUCCUCUUAUUUUUUUGUUUUUAUUUUUUAAGUACUUGCUUAUUACUACCACCCCUUGGAAAGGAAAAAAAAAGGAGUGAAAGAACAAAAAUGGGACAUUUUCAUUCAUCUUUACACUAUUUUAUAUAGCAUGGGAUUUUUGUUUUAUCAGCUACAGGGAGUAUUGUAUAAAAAUUAAAAAAAAAAAAAUAUAUGACAACCAGCCCACUUUGUAUCAACUACAAUCAGUUGCUGCAAUGUAAAGAGACAUAUGUAUAUUGGUUGAUCCAAAGAGAUGACAUUACAACAAAACCUAUUUACUUAUUGUACAGAGCAUUGUACCUUUUUGACUUGUAAUGUAUGAUGUUAAGUCAUUAAAAAAAAAAAAAAAAAUUCUUCUUCCCCCGCCCCUGCCCUUUCUUUUCACUUCUUCCUGGGGUGAUUUCCUGCUGGCUGUGGUGGGAAAGGGUGCUAGAAUAAGCAACCUGGGUUAUGGCUAAAAACUGCCAUUCGCAUACCAUAGAGCUGAGGCAGGAAACCACACCGCUGCACACAAACAAAAUGGAGAAGA